ACACCAAUAACCAGAACACCCCUUCAUUUCUUUGUCGUUUCGUCCAUAUCUCUUUCACAGAACAAACUCAAUCCAAUCCAAGCAACACUCUCACUCGUAAUAGCAAACAUAGAAAUAACCAUGACCUGCCUUUGGGGAGCCGCCAUGGCCUGUGCCAUUCGCACCGAACUGAGCCAGAAGACCCGAGCUACACUAACGAGACGAUGGGUCCAACGAUCAUCGAACAGCAACAAGAAGAAACAGCAACCCAAAAACGGGAACCCUGCUGUCGCUCGUGCGGCGUCCAACAUGUACGCCAUGGAAAGUUUUCCUCCACAACAAUACAUCUUUGAUGCCGCCAAAGUAUUCUAGCUGGCAAGACAAGUUGGGUAGGCAUACAAAUACGUUGUGAACAUGAGCAGCAAGAGUCCCUUCCAUUCCAUUACCGCCACAUCUCCUUAGCUUCCACGCCCUUGCCGUUGGCAAACCCGAAGGAAUACUCUAUAGCAAACUCCCAAAGGUGCCAGGUACCACCAUACGACUGUACUGAUUUAUUGACUGCACUCACUGGAUGCAUGGGUACCGUACGUCCAAGCAACGACAAAACCUCUACAUUGCUACACAAACCCACAUUUCAUGGAUACGUUGAACGGAACGAUCCUAAUGGCUUGCUGUCUCAUUUAUCUGACUUAGCUUUAGCCGCCUAAAGAUAACUAAUUGAAAUCUAGUUUAGGCUACUCUGAGUACGAC